AUGGUCGUCGCCGGUGAGUUGUAUGGUAGAUCUGUGCUUGCCUGUUGGGCCAGAUCUGCCCAGAUCCUUGCCUUCCUAUCUCAGUUCGGCAACCCCUUCGUUGAUGGGUUUCGUUCUGGGUUUGUUCCGACGGCGUCUCCCUUUCCUGUUCGGCUUCUCCUCGUCCUCGUGUGUUCACGCCCUUCCAGUUCCCGUCGACGAUGCCUCACUGUCUCUUCGGUGACCCACCUCGUUCCUGACAUAUAUGAGGUUGUUGGUUUGCGCCCUUGUGGGUUUUCAGAUCUGUUUCGGUGCUUUUGGCGCGCCGCCAUGGGGUUUCCUCGUGGUUUUUGGCCUGCGGGUUACGGAUGUGCUCAGUCUCCAUCAGCGUCGGUGACAGAAGUGGUGUUCGAGGGGAUUGAUGGUUGUUUGCGUUUUUUCUUGCUUGAAGAUGUCUUGGACUUUUGCUAUAUUGGAAACAGAAAAAAAACUCCCAACACCAAAAAUGUUCUUCCCCCUUUUCAUCUUCGCCGCGCCGGAAAGCGCUUCCUCCGCUCUCUUCCCCCGCACGAUGGCACCGCCUCAGCCUCCCCUAUCCGCAACAGGCUCGUGCCGUCGACCUCCGACGAGGUUCGUACACUCUGGAUCGGUGAUUUGCAGUGCUCGAUGGACCAGAACUGUCUCUACCAAUGUUUUGUUCUUACCGGCGAGUGCCGGCAAAAAAUCAAGGGUGUCGCUGCUUUGUGCAAGAAUCUGAAGAAGGGCAAGCCUUGUAAAAUCGGAUUGUGCCAUUCAUGCCUUUUAAACAGAUAUGGGGAGGAUGCACAACAGGUCAAUAGGUUGGAUGGGUGGAGUUGCCCAAAGUGCCGGGGCAAAUGCAACUGUAGCCUUUGCAUGCAAAAUAAAGGUAAGGAGCCUACCGGUAGAUUAACGAGGGAAGCCAGGACUGCUGGAUUUAGGUCAGUGAUGGAAUAUCUGGAUGCUAAGGAAGCAGCGGAGUUGAACACGAACGCAAAUGAUGUUGCUGCUGUUUUGCCUCCAGAGGAGAUCGUGAUGGAAUUGCUGGAAGCUAGGGAAGCAGCGGAGUUGAACACGAAUGCAAAUGAUGUUGCUGCUGUUUUGCCUCCAGAGAAGAUUGAUGGUCUUGAGGCGGCCUUGGGUGCAAAUGAUUUCCCCCCCAUUCCUCAUCAAAAUGAGGAAACAAAAUGCGAAAGAGAUGAUAAGAAUGUGUGGGAUGAUUUUGAUUUUUCUGAAGCCGUGUCUCAAGAUGAGAUUUUCGCAGAUUUAGAAAGGAACCAGGACACUGAUUAUCAUAUGAAAGAUGUUAAGGAUGAAAUAUCUGAAGAAGUUCUCCUUCCGCCGGGCACUGAGUUAACGGAGGUAUUGGGCAUUGAGUUCCCACAUGAGGAUGUUGGGAAUGUUGUGCAGUUCUUGGACUUCUGCAGGGUUUUUGGGAAGGGUCUUAACAUGAAGGAAGGGGAAGCAAAGACUAUUUUGCGAGAACUAGUUCGCAAACAAAACUUGCGCAGUGGAGAGAACACCCUAGCUGUUGAGUUCCAAACUAGACUUUUGACCCUGCUCCGCACCGCUGCAGGACAUAAGUCUCCAUCCUUAGCUACAGCAGAUGGGAACUUUUCAUGGUUGAAAGCUCUAGGGGAUUUAGCUUUACAAUCUCCUCUUCUGCUCAAGGAUUUCCCCGUAGAAAUGCUCAAUAAAGGUCUCUCUGGGUAUUGUAACUUGAGUUUGUCUGACAAGCUUAGACUCCUGACUUUCAUCUGUGAUGAAGUUCUUAACUCAGAGAAAGUGAGGAGUUACAUUGAAAAGGAAAAUUCAAAAAUUGAGAAGCAGAGGAAAGAAGCCAAAGCUGAAUUUGCGGCUGCGAAGGAAAAGGUGAAAAGCUUGAAACAGAAGCUGCAGGAAGAGACAGCAAAAAGAAUUCAUUCCAGUGGGGAUCCUGGGUCAUCGACAGAGCAAGAUGCUGCUGUCCUGAAGUUGUUAACAACUGAAGUUGCUCAAGCUCACAGUGAAAUGCUUGAGGCUAAGGAAAAUAUUCCUAAAAGGAAAAUUUCUAAUGCUACGAGGAUUGAGCCUCACUUUGUGGAUGGUAGAAAGGUCUUUUGGAAAUUGAAAUGUUUUGAAGGUGAAGAUACUCUUUUGCUACAAGACAUCAAAGUACAAGAAGGGGAUGGUACUGCAACUGAUGAAAGGUGGUUUUUUUACGGUCCUGAGAAGAAGAAUGACAUUGAUAAGUACAUUGCUUCAAGGAUAAAGAGAAAUAAAGGUCGCUAGGCUCCUUACAAACUUUCGAAUGGAAGCAGUGAAGCUGAUAUGGAGAAUGAUUAUUAGGGAAUAAAGCUGAGCUGGUUUGUAAUAAGGAGUUGUAACUGAAAGUUAGCUAGCCCAGUUAGUUUCUUACUUGUCAUCAGUGACAUAUGCUGUACCAGCUCAAUUGUAUAUAAACUCCUCUUAGACAUGCCAAUUGAAAAGAAUCACAUUGAUUUCUUGCAA